CUUAAAUCAUUAACGCCCGAAUCCCGCCAGCACCCUCCCGUCCUGCCAGGAUGAAAGAUGGCGCCGACGGGAUGCGGUUAUGACGCAGUCCUUUGUGCGCCGGAAAUGCACGGAGGAGUUCCGGGGGACCAGCGGCAGCUGCGCUUCUGAGUGUCUUGAGCUUUGCGAUUUGAGUCCUGCUGUUUGGUGCAGGUGUCGCCCACAGCCACCGAGAUCAUGGUGUUCUACUUCACCAGCAGCAGCGUUAAUUCAUCUACUUACACCAUUUACAUGGGAAAGGAUAAAUAUGAAAGAAUCUCUUUGGGUUAGGAGUAUUCAGAUUCUACAGUUUAUAUCCUGCAGUUAUAGAAGUUGUUUUACUUUUCUGCAUUUUCAAGCUUCAAAGCCUCUAGAACUUACUGUCUUCUCUGAUGAAGAUCUGAUAAAGUACGGCUGGCCUGAAGAUAUUUGGUUCCAUGUGGACAAAAUCUCUUCGGCUCAUGUAUACCUUCGAUUGCAUAAGGGAGAGAAGAUAGAAGACAUUCCCAAGGAAGUUCUGGUGGACUGUGCCCAGCUUGUGAAGGCCAAUAGCAUUCAAGGCUGCAAGAUGAACAACGUUAGUGUGGUGUACACACCGUGGUCGAACCUGAAGAAGACAGCUGACAUGGAUGUGGGGCAGAUAGGCUUUCACAGGCAGAAGGAUGUAAAAAUUGUAACAGUGGAGAAGAAAGUGAAUGAGAUCCUGAACCGAUUAGAAAAGACCAAACUGGAGCGGUUCCCAGACCUAGCAGCAGAGAAAGAAGGCAGAGAUCGAGAGGAGAGGAAUGAAAAAAAAGCCCAAAUUCAGGAAAUGAAAAGGAGAGAAAAAGAAGAAAUGAAGAAGAAGAAGGAAAUGGAUGAGCUUAGGAGCUAUUCAUCACUAAUGAAAGCUGAAAAUAUGUCUUCAAAUCAGGAUGGCAACGAUUCAGAUGAAUUCAUGUAAAAGAAGAAAGACUUGAAAUAUGUGAAUAUAGAGACCAUUGCAUACUUUGAUUUCAUCUGUGUUCUGAAUUUUAAAAACAACCAAAAUUCUGCCUUUAUUCUACACGGAUAUUAUUUGUUUUGGAGUUUCAAAAAAAAUGU